UCCGUCUCUGGGUAUACUGUACGAUGAGCGAGUAAACAGAAACGCUGGCUAUAGCGAGUGGAAAUGUGAUGUUUUGCGGUAAUCGCUACGUUCGCGUCGUAGCCAGCCAUGUACUCGUACAUUUAUCGAAAAUUACACCAAUUUUGCCGCAGUAUAGACUGAUCGACGAAUUAGUUUAUUUUUUCUCACGCGUAUAUAUAUCCUAUACUCGUAUAGCCGGGUAAUCCGAUAUUUUAUAAUAUCUGCGUACUUGUGUGUGCUUUUUUCCUACUCUGUUUUGCCUUUCGUAACAGGUGUUUUUAUCGUGGUGCUCCACACAUAACUCCGGACUAGUGCGAUUCCUCGAUCGUUUAAUUUUAUCACCUACUGUGGCAGGCGAACAAUUGAAUGCAGCGCCACUCGCUGAACACUCCGGGACAGAGAAAAUAACGGAGACACGUGCAAACGGUCUGCAGCAGUGCUGGUAAUGGAGAAGAAUCGAAAAAUUCCGUCGCUGAACAAAUCUGAAGAGACUUCCACAGUGCGGAUAGUUAGUACACCGAAAAGCGUUGUUCUUCGAACUAUGGAAAAUUCGUCUUCCAACGACGUUUUACGAAAUUAUACCACCAGUUCGUGGAUGCCAGACGAUUAUCUGAGUUAUACGUCUUCUCAUUUCAAUAGCUUCGAUAACAUUACCAGUAGACUGUACCUGUCCAAUUCGACUACCAACGGAGCCGAAAAGAUAACCUGCCAGUGGGAAACUGCGCAACAUAAUUUAUUCCAGUUUUCAAACAUGUGCUUUUUAUCGGCGUUCGCCAUUCCGAGAAAUUAUAAGUCUAGCAUAUUGCUUUUUAGAAUUAUCCUAACGGUUAGUUUCGUGAUAUCGGCUAUCUGGGCCGGAGUACAUUUCUGCGCUUUAGAUUGGUUCAUUUGGAGCUCAGGACUGGCGUUGACAAACAGCGUACACGCGGUUGUGCUGACAUUUAAAUUCCUACCACCCGCAUUAUCAUUAGAAUUAACAGAACUGUACAUACGAAUGUUCAAACCAUUGAAAGUCAGUAAAAAACAUUUCAAAGAGUUGACAAAAGAAGCCUGCUUAUUGCGAUUGGCUCCCGGUGAAACGUACGCCAUCGAAGAAGUAAGCCCAGCUGACGAAAGACUUUCCAUCUUAUUGAAAGGAAGGUUAAAAGUAAGUUGUAACGGAACAUUCCUGCAUAAUAUAUCUAGUUACCAGUUUAUCGAUUCUCCAGAAUGGCAGGCUAAUGUGACGGCUACUGGGACUAGAUUUCAGGUUACCAUCUCUGCCGAAGAGGAUUCGUUAAUUAUAACGUGGCCGAGAAUACAAUUAGAUAGAAUUCUAAGGCACAGACCGCUACUCGGAUUUAUUUUUAGUAAUCUUAUCGGUAAAGAUAUCACCCAUAAAAUGUACUCGUUGAACGAACAAAUCGGCCAAAUGUGUACAACAGAAGCGUUAUCCAGAGCGGCCAAAGAAGACCACUGGAGACGUUCGAUGAAUCGUAGCGUGAGCGUUGACGCCGUAGACACCGGCACCAGAGGUCAAGUACGAUCGACCGCGUGGAAACAAGCGGAAAGAUACCGGAAAAGUUCAACGCAUUCGGAAAAUGCGUCACCUUUACUCGGUCCGCAACAGUGUUGGUUACCUCUCGUCGCCAGUCAGUUUCCGGCCGAGUGUCCUUUUAUCACGCAAGACGACAGCAUUACUUCGCAGGAUGACGAAAAAGAACCCAUGUUACCUAAGAAUUCAUCUAGACACGAACCUACUCAAAUUGUACAGUUUCCCCAAUCUAUUCCACAACCUAUCCAAAUUCUAUCCCAGUUCCCAAAACUGGACCCCAACAUGCCUCCUGUAUCUUUAAUCAAUGUCGCCACUAGCUCGUCAUUCCUCGGUAACCAAUCCGUAGCAUUGAUUCCGGUCAUCGUUCCUGUGUUGGCCACGACGGUCAAUACAUCGGUCACCAACAGUGUCUCAACAGCACCGACUACUUCGACCAGCAGAGCAGCGUCGUUGAAAAGGCAAAGAGGUGUGAAGUUCGAUGAAACGCAGCUUUAAUGCUUUUUACUCUGUGUACCUACUAUAACGUUACCCAUUCGACCAUUAGACGAUGAAAUAUAGCACCGUGGUCUAAAAACAAAAUUCAUCGUAAAACGCGCAUAGUUCGACAAUCUACCCUGGUUACGUUUCUGUUUCUGUUUGUUUUUCUUUUUCUUUAUUUUUUACUUUUAUACGUCAUUAUGAAUACUUACGUGUUUUCAAAUUUUAACCGCACGAAUGCUUCGAAUUGUACGUUUUUAUCGAUUUUGUCAUCGUGUCAAUUUAUCCAGAGGGGUUUCUUUUAUGUAUUAGGGUGGUUUAAUGAGAUGAAAAUCUUCAGCAAGGGGAGGUUAAUUGAUGAUCUAGUACGUAGUUGAACGUUUCGAAGAUUACAGGUGAAAAAUCAGUACCUAUUUCGAAGAUAUUUUAUUCUUGUUAAUUUGACAUUGCCAGAGCGGCACAAAAUCAAAGAAAAAUUAUUAAUGACGACGUAAAAAAAAUCAAAAAAAAAGAUAACCCGAAGAAGUUGACAAAAAAAUUAAAAAAUUAGUUUUUUUGACAGUUUUUCCCUGAAUUUUUUUUCAGAGUAAGUACUGACUUUUUUUAUUCAAAUAAAUCAUGAUGAAAAAUUUAACCCUAGAUUGGCACUCAAAAAAUUCAGUUUUUCUCACUAAAAAAGGAGUAAAGUUGUCUUGAAAAAAAGUUUUAAAAAAAUAUUUUUUGAAAAAAUGAACAAUUCUGAAAAAAGUUGGAUUUUUUUGUUGGAGGUUUGGUUUUCAAAAAGUAGAGGCUUUUUCCUAACUCUUGAAAAAUUGAGAAUUUUUUCCUAAUAGAAAAUGAUUUUUUAAAAAAAAGUAUAGAUUUUUUUCUCAAAAAAUGAGUUUAUUUUCGGAAAAAGUCGUACCAUUUUCCUAAGGAAAUAAUUUUUUUUCCUGCAAAAAUGUCAAUUUUUUGUUAUAAAUUGAGUUUGAAUCUCAAGUAGGUAAUUAUUAUUUUUUUAGAAGUGAGUUUUUCUCCAAAAAUUAAGCUUUAUGGUCGCCCCCCCCCCCCUCAUAAAAAUAUCAAUUUUUUCUUCUGGAAAUAUUUUUUUUUUUUUUUCAAAAAAAUGAGUUUUAGAAAAUAAUUGACCCAUAUUUCUGAAAAAUGAGUUUUUACCGUGCCCUAGAAAAAUAUGACGUCCAUUAUUCUGUUUAAAAAAUAUUAAUUUUUCAAUUUUUUCUUUCGAGGUUGAUUUUUUUAUUCCAACUCAUGAGUUUCUUCACAAAAUCAAGAAAUCAGAAAACAACUCAUCUGUUGAAAAAAUUCUUUAAAAAAAACUAAACCGAACUAAAUUAAUUUUUUUUUAAUUUAAAAAAGAGAAAAAUUUUUAAAAUGUUAAGAAUUGAAAACGGAAAAUUAUUCAUUUUUUAUCAAUUUGACAAAAUGGCAGAAUGGAAAAAAAUUAAAAUAUUUUUAACACAUUUUUACAACUUGAAAAAAAAACAAAAAAAAAACUGUCGAAACAUGGCUCCUGGUAACUGAUGAAUUGUCAGAUUGGAUGUUUUCAUCUCAUUUCGUAACACUUGCUACUAAAAUCAAAACUACAUCUUAAUAUUAAUUUAUACGAAUAAGUUUAGAUUGAUGGAAAUUAUGACAUAAAUUACUUUUUAGAUUUUAAAUCGUGAAACACAGAAAGUGUUGCAUGGAACGUCUCUAUCAGGUUCGAAAAAUUUGAGUAUGUAUAAUCAAGACGGGAAUAUUUUUAUUUUGAUCACUUGACAAUUUAGUGUGUUUCUUACAUUACCUACAUGUAGGUAUCAAACUUCGUUUAAAUAAUCAGUAACAGUGGAUAUUAAAACGCAUAAUAAUUUUUAAAAAUUGAUGAAUUUCGAGUGUAGAAAGUAGAUUGACAUCUACGAAGAGGUAUUCAAACCAAACUAGAUAACUUUUAUCACAACUGUCAAUUUUUCCAAUGAUUAUUUAUAUCAAAUGACGAAUUUGAACGACUGACCACACUGUCAAACUCGUACUCGAUUUUUUUUUCUGAAUACAUUCGAACCAAAGUACUAGUUUGUCAUUGAGAUCAUAUAGUAUUUUUAUUUUUGUAUUUUAAUCGCUUCGUACUUGAAUAUCUUCCAUUAUUUAUGUUACUCUUGAAAGUGAAACCUAUGCCGUAUUGUUUUUACAAGUUUUCUUAUUCAUUAAGGCUCCUUUUGUAUAAUUAUACGUUUUCACGUUAAAGCACUAUUACCUACAUUUAAGCACAGCUGUUUAUUCAAUUACUUUUGUAUUGAAACCUUGUGUGUGUUGGUCGGUUUUGUGUCGAGUUUUGUAAUUAUUCUUAAGCACGCAUUUCCCCCUAAAAGGCAUUUUUAUGCUGAUAUAUAUUUUUUUUACAUAUAUUUUACUAAACUGAGCUAAGUUGAAAAAUUUUUUAUUGUUAGGUGGGUUAAAUAAGUUACUUAAAUACUGUGUAAAUAUUCGUGUGAAAUGUUCCUUUUUAUUUUACUUUUUUUUUUUGGUGAAAUUAUCAAAUAGCGAAUAGUUGAACUCUGUUAGUUUUUAUUUUGUGAUUAAAAUAACUUAACGUAGGGUUUGUAAAAUACUGUAUAGACGUGAUUUUUCUCUUAGAUAAGCUUUCUGUAGUACGCGUAGAGGUAGUUAAAGUAUCAGUUAUAUAGCGAAGGCUUGAUAGUUCUCUAGGGCAGUUUUGAAUGUGUGUAGCCUAAUUGUGUACAGCUACCGAGCUGAUAUUUUCCAAACAUCACCUCGCAAAAAUUUCGGCGCUUCACAAAUUAUUGCGCUAAAUAGUUAGGUAUUAGAAAAUAGCUGAAAAUAAAGUUUUACGAUUAUCCGAGACUACCUCAAAAUCCGUCUACGCUGAUGGUAUACCUACCUAAUAUUGUGUAAGUUCGUUUAAAACAAAUCAACGAAAGUUUCUAUAAAGGAAAACAGUUAAAGUAUUAUUUUUUUUAUUCACGUUUUCAUGUU